GCGUUCACCUUUCAAUAAGCCUGCACGCCAACGGUGUCUUCGGACGUCUUCGCAUUUUCUCGCUAGUCGUCGUCACCCAUUUUUCUGAUUCUUUCCGAACCCCUUAUAGAAUCACUAAUAUAGAAGCAUCCUAUCUUUCCUUAAAACUUCCUUGAUCCCAUACCCUUCUGCGAAAACCGCUUGCCCACGUCUUAAAAGAGCAAACUUUUUUCAUCCUGCUCUGGAGGGUCCGUCUCUCGUCCUUUUUGCUUGACGAGUUACACCAAAUUACAUAGCCCGGAUGGAACAGAAGAGCGUUUUGUUCUCGGCAUUGAGUGUGGGGGUUGGUUUAGGUGUGGGGAUCGGGCUGAGCCAGGGUCAAGCCGUGCAGAAAUGGGUUGGCGGGAAUCGUGAGUCUCGAGAGCUUACUGGGGAGCUGAUUGAGAAGGAGCUCAAGAGGCAGGUGGUUGAUGGAAGGAGCGGCAAUGUCACAUUCGAUGAUUUUCCUUAUUUCUUGAGUGAAAGAACUCGCGUGUUGCUGACAAGUGCUGCAUAUGUUCAUUUAAAACAAUAUCACUUCUCCAAACACACCCGAAACCUUACACCCGCAAGCCAGGCUAUAUUACUUUCUGGACCUGCAGAAUUGUACCAACAGAUGCUUGCCAAAGCUUUAGCACAUUACUUUGAAUCAAAGUUGCUUUUGCUUGAUGUUGCUGACUUCUCUAGGAUGGUGCAGAACAGAUAUGGAUGUGCAAAGAGGGAAUCAUCUUUGAAAAGGUCCCUAUCCGAGUUGACUCUGGAAAAAGUGUCCAGUUUGUUUGGUUCCUUGCCAAUCACUUCGCCCAGUGACACUAGAGGAAAUUCACGCCGACAGAUUAAAGGUAACGAAGCUUCUGAUAAUCCUCCGAGACACCGUAGGAAUGCUUCUGUUGCAGCUGAUAUGAAUAGCAUUUCUUCCUAUCCUGCAUCAACAACUUCAGGUCCCCAGAAGCGUCCAAGCAGUAUAUGCCUAGAUGAAAAAAUGUUUCUGCAUUCACUCUAUAAGGUCUUGGUUUCUGUCUCGGAAACCAGUCCCAUAAUCCUAUAUAUCAGGAAUGCUGAGAAUCUUUUUCUUAAUUCACCCGCGUUAUACAGUUUGUUCCAAAGAAUGUUAAAGAAAAUUUCAGGGUCAGUGUUGAUACUUGGCUCCAAGAUAUUAGAUUCAGAAGAUGAUUACAGAGAAGUUGAUGAGAAGCUCACCGUGUUAUUUCCUUACACCAUUGAGAUCAAAUCGCCUGAAGAUGAGGCCAACCCUGGCAGCUGGAAAGCCAAGCUGGAAGAGGACAUGAAAGUACUUCAGUUUCAAGAUAGCAGAAACCACAUUGCUGAAGUACUUGCUGAAAAUGAUAUUGAAUGUGAUGAUUUGAACAGUAUCUGUCAUUCAGACACAAUGCUUCUCAGUCAAUACAUUGAAGAGAUUGUGGUAUCUUCAAUAUCUCACCAUUUGAUGAAUAACAAACAUCCAGAAUACCGAAAUGGGAAGUUAAUCAUGUCAGCCAAGAGUUUGUCCCAUGGACUGAGCCUGUUCCAGGAAGGAAAAACUAGUGGGAGUGGUAAUCUGGAAUUGGAAAAUAAUGUACCUAGGAAGGACGCUGCUGGAGAAGGCAUUGCUGGUGCAAGGAAUGAUGUACGUGCUAAUGCCCCAGUACCUCAAAAGAAAAGUGAAACAGUAAAAUCUGUCCCUGUGACCAAAAAGGAUGGAGAGAACACUGCUCCUGUCCCUGUGAAAGCGGAAGUUCCUGACAAUGAGUUUGAGAAGCGGAUAAGGCCUGAAGUUAUCCCUGCAAAUGAGAUAGGGGUUACAUUUGCAGACAUAGGUGCAUUAGAUGAAAUUAAGGAAUCACUUCAAGAGAUGGUCAUGCUUCCCCUUCGUAGACCAGACCUCUUCAAAGGUGGCCUUCUUAAGCCAUGCAGAGGCAUAUUGCUUUUCGGGCCUCCUGGUACUGGGAAAACUAUGAUGGCAAAGGCGAUUGCAAAUGAAGCAGGAGCAAGCUUCAUCAAUGUCUCGAUGUCCACGAUUACUUCAAAGUGGUUUGGGGAAGAUGAGAAGAAUGUCCGAGCUUUGUUCACACUUGCAGCAAAGGUUGCCCCUACAAUAAUCUUUGUUGAUGAAGUUGACAGUAUGCUAGGACAGAGAACAAGAAAUGGAGAACAUGAGGCCAUGAGGAAGAUAAAAAAUGAGUUCAUGACCCAUUGGGAUGGCCUAUUGACCAAACCAGGUGAGCAGAUUCUGGUACUAGCUGCAACCAACCGGCCAUUUGACCUUGACGAAGCAAUCAUAAGACGGUUUGAGCGCAGAAUCAUGGUGGGUCUUCCAUCUGCUGAAAGCAGGGAACAGAUCUUGAAAACCCUGCUAUCUAAAGAAAAACAUGAAAACAUGGACUUCAAAGAGCUUUCUGCUAUCACAAAAGGAUACAGUGGAAGUGAUCUCAAGAACUUGUGCAUGACAGCUGCAUAUCGACCUGUCAGGGAGCUCAUGCAGAAGGAAAUGUUGAAGGAAAAGGAAAAGAAGAAAAGGGAGGUAGAAGCCAAAACCUCAGAAGAUGCUACAGGUAUUAAAGAAACCGAAAAAGAUGAAGCGAUUACCCUGAGGCCUUUAAACAUGGAAGACAUGAAAUAUGCGAAGUCUCAGAUCGCUGCAAGUUUUGCUGCUGAAGGGUCAAUAAUGAGCAAGCUGAAGCAGUGGAAUGAUUUGUAUGGAGAAGGAGGUUCAAGGAAGAAAGAGCAGCUUUCGUACUUCCUCUAGAUUGUAGGAAAGGCUGAUAAAAUUAUGUAACUUGUCAGCCUUCUAAGAAAUAGGAAGAACAGGACAAGCAGCCCUUCAUAUCAUAAGAGCUUAAAUCCAGGGACAUAUAUUUUCUAAGGGAUGCAUAGUUUUGAAUUAUAUACAAAGCAAUGACUAGCGGUAUUGGGGAAUUUGUGUAUAAUGUAUUGUGAUUAGCGUACAUGUCAACUUGAACUCUAGAAAUUCAAUUAUAUUUGUCAUUGGUGGUUCUACAAGGUGCAUUGGCUUUUUUUCGUGGAA